AGGAAAUGGGAAGAAUCAUGAAACCCCAAGUAGCCGUGUUGGGAAUCCCACCGUGACCGAAGCCCGAGAAACACAGCUCCCAUCAUUUCCCAGAGCUCAAUGUCCCCACUCGCCAUCAUUUUCAGUUGGACAAAUUUAAAGAUGGGGAGGGAGGAGGGUGACAGCAACUGAAGAGCAGGACAUUGAAAGGUUUGUGACACCUCACACAUUCCCAUGCACUCCACGCUACCCCACGCACACUCCCCCGUCUCCUUCUCUCUCUCUCUCUCUCUCUCACUCACUCUUUCCAAAGCCUCCCCCCCUCAUCCGGUCUCUCCUUCUGGGCACCUUGUGCAUUGUUUGUGUUGUGGCAGUAGCAGUCACUCUCCCAUGAUAUUACAUCACCUCCUGUUAAUUUUCUUUUCUUGUCUUUCAAUUUCCUUCUUCCUUUUUUCCUCACUCGUAACAGUCUCACUAUCAUCUGUUGAGCUUGUUGGUUGGCACAGUAUGUUUGGACAGGAAGGCAGCCAUCCCAUCUUUUCUUGUCUUUCAGUCUCAGAGAGUCGAUAGCUCACCUCAUGCCUUCUUUGACCCGUUCUUUCCUUGUUUCUCACUCGACCGCCGGGUAAUCAGGACCAGAGUCUUGAGGUUGGGAGGAGUGUAGCGCUUGCUGUGUUCGGUCGAAGGGGAGGGAUGGGAUCGUUGGGUAUGGAGGUGGUGAAGGGGAGGAAGGCCAUGUGGCUCUACCCGAGGGUGACCGGCUUCAACCCCCCUGAGAGAUGGGGGCACUCGGCUUGCUUCUUCGAAGGGGUUGUGUACAUUUUUGGAGGAUGCUGCGGGGGAUUGCAUUUUAGUGAUGUCCUCACUCUUAAUCUUGAAACCAUGGCCUGGAGCUCCCUCGUUACCACAGGUCAGAAGCCUGGCAGCCGAGACAGUCACAGUACUGCAAUUGUGGGACACAAGAUGAUUGUACUAGGAGGCACCAAUGGCACAAAGAAGGUCAAUGAUCUCCACAUAUUAGAUCUGAGGACAAAAGAGUGGAGUCAGCCUAAUUGCAACGGCACGCCGCCUUCACCGCGUGAAAGUCACACUGCCACGGUCAUAGGAGAUGGCAAACUAUUGAUAUUUGGUGGCAGUGGAGAAGGGGAAGCAAAUUACUUGAAUGAUGUUCAUAUACUAGAUUUAAAGAACAUGACAUGGACUUCUCCAGAGGUAAAGGGAGAACCUCCUGCACCAAGGGAUAGCCACACUGCGAUAGCUAUCGGAGACAAGCUUCUCAUAUACGGUGGAGACUGCGGUGAUCGGUACCAUGGGGAAGUCGACGUGCUCAACAUGGAGACCAUGACUUGGUCAAGGUUGGCAGUUAAAGGAUCAUCUCCUGGAGUCAGAGCAGGUCAUGCUGCUGUGAACAUAGGGACCAAGGUUUAUGUCAUAGGUGGAGUUGGUGAUAAGCAAUAUUACAGUGAUGUUUGGGUUCUCGAUGUUGGGAUAUGCUCAUGGGUUCAGCUUGAGAUACGGGGUCAGCAACCACAAGGGAGGUUUUCGCACACUGCUGUAGUUACCAACAAUGACAUUGCCAUAUAUGGAGGAUGCGGGGAGGAUGAGCGGCCUCUAAAUGAGUUUAUCAUUCUGCAGUUGGGAUCCGAGCAUCCCAAUGGGCGGUAUAACAUCUCCAUGUGCAAAAUUUUUGGCAGCCACUGGAUUCAAGAGAAGCGAAAAUUUUUUAGGACAGAAAAUUUGCAAACUGCUGUGGUUCCAAAAAAUGGGGAACAGAGUCGUAGAUCCAGUGAAGUGGAAGUAGAACCAAGGAACUCAAUGGCAUUGGAACAUAUGAAUGUUAAAAGGAGGAAAACCAAUGAUGCAAGAGUGUCAGAGAAUGAAUCAGAGCCGGAAGAACAUUCUCUUUCGCUCUCCCAACAUUCGUCUCCAUCGCAAUCUGACCAAGAGCAGAAUAUAGUCCAGAAGCUGUCGACUUCUGCUAAUGACUCCAUUUUGCCUCAACAAUUUGCUCGGGUGAAGCUAUAUAAUCAUAGGGAACCGGUAAAAAAUGUUCAAAGGAGUACCAAGGAUACACACUUCUUGGGUGGUGAAUCUCCUAGGCAGCCAAAGGCCGAGCAGUUCCUUCGUGCCGUGCCACCACUUAGGCAAGAGUGUGUAUUACUAGGAGCAGAACCGAAGCCUCAACUUAGACCUUGUUUCUCUCCCUUGAUUGGAGCUGAAGUUCAUGGAACCGUGGAUGGAGCUUUUGACUCCGGGUACCUCAUGACCGCUAAUGUUAAUGGUCAAAUUCUCAGAGGUGUCUUGUUCAGUCCGGGUCCAGCUGUUGCAGCUCCGAGGCCUGCGAUAAAUUCACAGGGUUUGACUUGCGCCACUGCAAUUUUCCAGCAUUCUCCAAGUCCACAUGCCAUACCUGUUCAUGUCAGGCCACCACGGCAGCCGAUCUCUGGUGUGCUACCUGAAUAUGGUCAUCAUUUGAAGCAAACUCCGCAAGUGCAAGUGGUUAAAGCCCAGCCAGUGAAGUUCAAAGGUGAUAUGCAAGAUGUAGUCCUCACACUGGGAGGACCAGGUGGAGGUGGUCUGUCUUAAAAGUUAUGCAGUCAAUUAAGAUUUUAGGCUUUUGUUUUGUUUGGUUUUGUUUUGCUUUUGUAAAUUCUAAUUUGGGAAAUAAGAUUACAAGUUUUGAGAUGUUAGGCUUGAUGGUUAUUGCUGUAGUUGCUUUCAUUGAAUGCAAAGUAUAAAUCUUGAUGUUGUGGUUUGUGUA